GAGCCCCCGAAGCCCGCACGCAGCGGGGGGCGCGGGCGCGCGGCAGGCAGAGCACAAAGCCCGCCAGGCCGGGCGGGGAGCAACAGCCCCAAGCGCGGCUCCGCGUCCCCGCUGCAGCCGGGACCCCAACCCCUGGGCCGGCCUCGAGCCGAGCCUCCUCCCCCGCCUGCCGCUCUCCCCGGGGCGGCGGGGAAGGGGAUGCUCGCCGCUUAUGGAGCCGCCGUCGGCGAGCCCGGCGCUGCUGAGCGCCCUGUCCCGGGCGGGGGGCAAUGAGAGCGGCGGGGAGGCGCCGGCAGCUGACCCCGCCGCCGGGGCGGAGGAGGCGGGCUGGUCGGGCGCGGCGCUGGCCUCGCAGGCGCUGCUGCUGGUGCUGAUCUUCGCCCUGUCGGCGCUGGGCAACGGGGCCGUGGUGCUGGUCAUCGCCCGGCACCGGCAGCUGCGCACCGUCACCAACGCCUUCGUGCUGUCGCUGUCGCUCUCCGAGCUGCUGGGCGCGCUGCUCUGCCUGCCCCUCGCCUUCCUGCGCCUGCUGAGCCGCCCGCGCGGCGCCUGGCUCUCCGGCCGGCGCCUGUGCCUGGCCAGCGCCGCCCUGCACGCCGGCCUGGGCAUCGCCGCCACCCUCACCAUGGCGCUGCUCGCCUUCGACCGCUACUGCGCCAUCGUGCGCCAGCCCCGCCGCAAGAUGGGCCGCCGCCGCGCCGCCCAGCUGCUGGCCGCCGUCUGGCUGGCGGCGCUCGGCUUCGCCGCGCCCUGGUACCUGCUGGCCCAGGCGGCGGGCGGGGGCCACGGGGCCGGCUCGGGCCGCUGCACCUACGUGCUGCUGCCCUGGGGCUCGUCGCGGCUGGGCCCGCCCUACAGCGCGGUGCUGAUCGUGCUCUGCUACCUGCUGCCCUUCGCCCUCAUGUGCUUCUGCCACUACAACAUCUGCCGGGCCGUGCGCCUCUCCGAGAGCCGGGUGCGGCCGCUCACCACCUACGGCCACCUGCUGCGCUGCUACGGAGAGAUGCGCACCGCCACCACCGUGCUCAUCAUGAUCGUCUCCAUCAUCUGCUGCUGGGGGCCCUACUGCGUCCUGGGGCUGGCGGCCGCCGCCGGCCACCUGCCCUUCUCGCCCACCGUGGACGCCGUGGCCAGCUGGAUGGCCUGGGCCAACGGCGCCAUCAACCCGCUCAUCUACGCCGCCCGCAACCCCAACAUCGCCAUGCUGCUGGGCCGCAGCCGCGAGGGCGGCUACCGGACUAGGAACAACGUGGCCGCUUACCUGGCCGCCCGGGGCCAGCGCCUGGAGGCCCGCGGCCGGGCCGAGCCAGGCCGGGAGCGCUACGCCCAGCAGCGGCCCGGCGGCCACGCCGCCAGCACCCUCUCCUCCUCCAGCCCGGCCAGCGGCGGCGAGGUGGCCAUGUGGGCUUGCAAGAACCCGGCCGUGCUCUUCUGCCGCGACGCGCAGCCCGACACGGCCUCCCAGGCUGCCCUGCCGCCCAAAUCCGACACCGCUGAUACCAGCCUCUGAAGCGGCCGGGGGGGACCCGCUGGGAAAAGCUGCCUGACAGCGAGCUGGCUCGGGCUGUGGAACAGGUGCCCACGGGAAGGACCGGGAGACCUGUGGCUUGGGCCGUUUGUAACUAGGGCUUUGCUCAGCCUAGUUUCCGGGGAGCAAUGUGCAGUAACCAGGGGGCUGCACUGGAUGCGCUAGUGGGUCUGCUCCAGUUCUUAAUGCCAGCGUGGGAGACAAAGGAAGUACCCGGGGGCAGGUGCGCUGGCUCUCCCCAUUUCAACGGGGGAUCAAAGGUGCAGGGGAGAGCCGCUGAAAUGAGCCCAGCACAGCUGCAGAGAGAGAGAGAAGGUGGCAGUAAUCACCCUCCGAGCUCAUCUCUGUUUAGCAAAAAAGUGCCAAUAGGAAGUUAAGAACAACACAAGCCGCCUGAGCAUUGGAAACUGUUAAGUGACCAAAAAAGAAAAAAAAAAGUGACUGAAAGCUGAGUAUUGCCAGUUCUAAGACACUCAAAACAUAUCACACUGUGAAAACUGCAGCUUUGCAGGAGACAGUUGCUUUAACGCAUUAUAUGUGGAAAUACACCAAGUCUCAGACUAGGACAGACUGAAAAUCUGACAUCACCAAGAGCACCUUGAGGUUCAUUUUUAAACCCCAAACAUAAGAAAAAUCCCAUUCAGAGCUCUGCAGAUUUAAAGAAAAUGUGCAAGGUUAGGGGGGGGGAGAAGAAUGAAACUUGAAGCCCCAGGAAAUUUGUGAUAGUUUCCUUUCAGUACAUACAUUGUGUGAGAAGUAUUUCAAACGGGGAACAUUCCCAGAAAUGGGAGAUCAGUACUGUAUUCUGAUCCAGACAAAAUUGAAGAAAAGAUAAAAUAUGGGAUUGGAAUAGUUGUGGCAUCAUUCAGUUUGUAGACUUGUGAAUUUCCUCUUUAAGAUGGACAAAAAUGUCUAAUUUCAUCUAACAUCCUUUGAAUAUAUUUAUAUGAGCCACUAGGGCAGGGGUGGGCAAACUAUGGCCCGGGGGCCACAUCUGGCCCUGCAGAUAUUUUAAUCCAGCCCUCGAGCUCCUGCCGGGGAGCGGGGUCCAGGGCUUGGCCCGCUCCACGCAUGCCGUGGCUCCUGGAAGCAGCAGCAUGUUCCCCUCCAUCUCCUAUGCAUAGGGACAGCCAGGAAGCGCUGCCCCCGAAGCUCCCAUUGGCCACGGUUGCCUCCGGACGUGGCAGCGCACAGAGCCGCCUGGCUGCGCCUCGGCGUAGGAGCCGGAGGGGGGACAUGCCGCUGCUUCCAGGAGUUUGAGG